GUGAGUCGACUGAGCCUCCUGAAGGCCAAGCUUUUGAACAGGUCCAAUGUGUGCUACUCCAAUUGCACCAUGUUAUGCUUGCUUUGGCUGCAGUGCCAAUGUCGGCAGGAUCUCCUGCCACGUGCUUUACUUUCGUCCCUCGAGGCCCUGCUAAAGGCUGCCAAGCCUUUUUCACUGUGGGAUCUUUGGCAGUUCAAGCAGCUACUACGUCAUUGGAGGGAUCCCGGACGGCAGCAUGAUGCCGCAGAGUUUAUCAAAUCAUACCAGGCGGGGGCUGACACGAAUGGUUUGAGCGGUGUCUGGCAAGCACGCACCACUGCAGGAGAAGUGCGAUUUCUGGGAGACACAUCUCCUCUGCCUCUGUCAGUGCCUCUGACCGACGGCGCCACUGUUCAGCAACUCGUGACAGCCUGGAGUGCCCAAGACCAGGUACACGCGCUGUGGCGACCUCCUGAGUGCCUAGUCUUGCAGCUUUCGCGAUAUGGCCCACGUGGCAAGCUUCACACGCACAUUAGCCUUGAUGAUGGAGUGGUGCAGUUUCCUUGCUUUGUUGCUUCGACUAACCAUGUAUGCCACGUCGCUUAUCAGCUGCAAGCAGCUGCAAUCCAUUUGGGAAGCACUCCCCACGAGGGUCACUACAGAGCUGCCUUGUUUGACGAAGGGAACAAACUCUGGUAUGCUGAUGAUGGCAAACAUGCCACUUUAGCCAAUGCCAAAACCAAGAGUGAGAUCCAAUCCAACUGUUAUGUGCUUUACUUGACUCGUGUUUGA